AUGGCCAGUGCCCUAGUAAAGCCCGGCAUUUUGAACCUCACGCUAUUCAUCGCAGCCAUCCUCUCCUUCAUCCCGCCAACAACAGCCCUCCAACGCUCAAACAAGCAAUUCCGAGAAUUCUUCCCAGCAUGGGAGCCCCUGCUAAAAGACCAACUCAAAUACAACUGCUCCUCCGAAAUACAAGAAUACCUCAACAUAUCCAGUCCCGCUCUUCGUCCAGGCUACCGAGUCAUCAACUGCAUCCUCACGACCAUGCCCGAGUUCAGAAAAGCCGAGCUAGCUUCUGCUGCUGUCAUACUCGGUCUCGCACCAUCUGUGCUUCAGUUACUCAGUGCUUCGUAUCUCGAUACGGCGAUACUAGCGUAUCGAAGACCGGGACUGGCGUUGUUGCUGGCCAUGUGUAGCUCUGGGGUGAAGCCGCUUACGGCGUCGGAAUAUGAUGACUUUAUCGCCAAGAUGGGUGCCGAGUCUUCCACUACCUUUGGCGUACCACGCUUUGUUGGAGCGCAGGCAAUUGUGUCUUGGGCCGAGUACAUAAUCGCCGCUGCAUCAGUCGCGAACAAUGCUUACCUCACAUACCAGCUCUGUCUCCAAGCAGUCUGCACAUUCGCCCCAGCCGAAGACUUUCUCCCCGCCAUUUGGACCGCUUCAGCUCUAGCAAUCCAUCUGUUCGGGUACAUCACCGCACGAUUAAAAAUCACCGUCGACACGAAAAGCGCAUGGGAAGAUCGAGGGAAGCUGUGGUCUGAAGUAACUCCGACGGCAUGGCAGCCAAAGCUUCACGUCAAAGCUAACGAACGACACGCAGGCUGGUUCCUCACUCUCGCUUCGGCGCUGUACGUAGGCGAUUGUCUUCAAGCACUCUUUGGGACGCUUAUCCUGUCGAGUCUGGUGUUUAUUAGCGUGAGGGACUCUGCGAUCAUUGUGAUAAGGCUGAUAGGGAGUGCUCUUUUCGCAAGGCUGAUACUGAUCUAUGAAUUGGCGGGCCUCAAGACGGAUGGGGAGGGAUAUCCUGCGUCUGGGAGCACCAUCUACUUGGAGUCUCUUGAGCAGAAUGAGAGAAGCUUGAGGGGAUCCAGAGUCUUCUCAUAA